AUGGUUAAUCCACCACAACCAAGACAACAGCCACCAACGUCGCCACGUGUCCCCACUGCACAGCUGUCCACGGCAAAGCACUCUCCAAGUGUAUCACAUGCGCAAUUGCAUUUCCAACAACUGCAACAUCCAAAUCAUUCUCAUCAACUGCAACAACUGCAACAACAACAACUGCAACAACUGCAACAGCAACAUCAACAGCAACAUCAACUGCAACUGCAACUGCAACUUUAUCAUACAAAUACUGCAUCCUCACAAUCAUCACAGUCUUCAAACACUUCUGGUCAAGGUUCAUCUAAUUUCCCUCAUGCGCAUCCUUCACAUGGACAUAGUAUCAGCCAUGGACAUAGUCACAGCAUCAGUCAUGGAUCCAACCAUCCAUCACGUAAGCCAUCAAUUGUUGAAUUAUUGAGUUCUCCACCUCCAUUACCCGUUGAUCUGGAUGAAGCUAUUCAUCAUUUGAGUUUAUCAAGAAAUCCUUCUAUUAGUUCUAGAACUUCAACGGGCUCAGCCAAUCCUUUCCUGUAUGGUGGAGGUGUUCACAGCUCUGUAUCGCCACAAGGAAGUGUAGCUGGUGGUGGCGGCUCAGCAAUUGCUGGAUUGGAUUGGAGUGAUGUUCCUUUAACUGAAGUUGUCCAAUCAAACAAAUUGAUUAGUAUUCAUUGUUCUCACUCAGUCCAAGCAGCAUUUGAAACUUUGGUCAAGAAUGAUUUAACCAGUGUUCCAGUGUCAGUAUCCAAAGAUGAUCCAAGUGAUUUGAGAAACUGUUUGACAUUUGAUUACAGUGAUUUGAACACUUAUUUGUUGUUGAUUAUGAAUAAAGUUGAUUAUUCUGAAUUGAGUGUUGAAGAAAUUGGUGAGCCUACUCACACAUUGCAAGAGAAACAUGAAAUCAUAACUCAAGCGGUCAAUAAAGCCAAAAAGGGAGAAGAAGUGCCCGUAGAGUUUAUUAUUAAGUUGCAUCCCAAAAAUCCAUUUAUUAAGUUUGCUGAAAAUGACACCUUGUUUUCAGUAAUGGAAACAUUGGGUAAUGGUGUUCACAGAGUGGCAAUCACUAAUGAAGAGUCAACAAAGAUUACUGGUAUUCUUUCACAAAGAAGGUUGAUUAAGUAUAUGUGGGAAAAUGCCAGAAGGUUCCCACUGUUGGAGUUUUAUCUUUCAUCAACUAUACAAGAUUUGAAAAUUGGUUCUAGUAAACCAAUUACUAUUUAUGAUGAUCAACCAGUAUUGGAUGCGUUGUACAAGAUGUUUCAUGAAAAUGUUUCAUCAUUGGCUGUUAUUGAUCGUACAAAGACUUUGAUUGGAAAUAUUUCCAUUGUUGAUGUUCGAAACUUGACCAGUUCAAAGAAUUCGCACAUGUUGUACAAGUCAGUAUUGAGUUUUAUUAGUUACAACUUGUCACAAAAGGGUAUUGAAGAAGGUAAAGAUCAAUUUCCAAUCUUCCAUGUCAAUAACCAAAGCUCAUUAGGAAGAGUUAUUGCCAAGUUGGUUGCUACUGAGUCACAUAGGUUAUGGGUUGUUGAUACUUCAAGAAAAGCUAGUAGUAUUUCAGCACAGGGAUCAAGUGCACCAAAUAGUGGAACAAACAGCGGCGUGACAUUUGGAUAUGCACCACCAGCAGAUGCGUCAAUUUUGAAUAAAGCUGCCAGCGUUGAAGGUCGUGAACAAAGUCAAGCUAUUGCUAGUGAAUUUUCUGGAUCCAAUGCCAAUGCCAAUGCAUUAGGAGCUGGCACCGCAUUAGCUGCAAGCUCUAUUCAACAAGAGCAAGGGUAUCUUGGAGGAACAGGUAAAUUGAUUGGUGUUGUUACGUUGACUGACAUUUUGGGUGUGUUUGCCACAUCUAAAGGUCGUCGAACUGAUCCUCAAUCAGCCAGGAAUUAUAGAAGAAGAAGCUCUACAUCUACUACAAGAUCAUCGAUUGAAAGUCUAGACAAUACCAUUAGUGGUGUAUUGAAUGCCGCUACCGCCGCCAGUGGAGGCGGAAGUGCCAGUGCUAGUGCCAGUGCCAGUGCCAGUGCAAGCACCAGUGGAAAUAGCAACACACACUCCAUUGCUAAUGCAGGCGGUGGUUCUGGUUUGGGAUCAAAUAAGAAUGCCAGUUCAAGUAGCGUAGCAUCCAAUCCAACAUCAGGUGGAGCUGCUGGUGCAUCUACAACUUCGAGUGCUACUAGAUGA